AGCGAGAAAAUUAAGAGAAGAAAAACGUGAGAGCGAGAGCGAGACAACGACAGCUAAAACCUCCCACCAGAGAACUCAAAGUAACAAAUAAUUCUCUGCCUCUUCCUCCUCCACUGUUUCUCCCACAGAUUUUCCACCUCCUACUAGUAUAGGGUUUUCCGUCGCUGUUCCCGGAAGGAAACAAACUUAGGAUGGGGUUUUAUUUCUGACAUUUAACUGCCAAUCGUAUUAUUCGGGAUUCAUUGCUUUAUAAAUUUUUGAUGCUCAAUUGACUGAGCAUUGCCCUUUAAUGAGUGCUUAAAAUCCGUUCAUGCGAUUAUUUCAAUUUGAGGAGCUAAGAUGGAUGACGGGGGGCAUCGUGAGAAUGGAAGACACAAAGCAGAUCAAUAUAAAGCAGCCCAGGGGCAGUGGUUGAUGCAACCUCAGCCUUCAAUGAAACAGAUCAUGUCAAUCAUAGCUGAAAGGGAUCAAGCUAUUCAAGAGCGAAAUUUGGCCCUUUCAGAUAAGAAGGCUGCUAUCGCAGAGCGAGACAUGGCAUUCCUGCAACGAGAUACAGCCAUUGCAGAGAGAAAUAAUGCCAUGAUGGAACGAGACAAUGCUAUUGCUGCUCUGCAAUACCGGGAGAGCUCCUUGAGCAGUGGUAAUAUGUCCUCUUGUCCUCCAGGAUGCCAAAUCUCACGUGGGGUGAAGCACAUGCACCAUCCACAGCAGCUUCAUGUGCCUCACAUGAACGAAGGUCAUUACAGUUCAAGGGAAUUGAACGCGAGCGAUUCCCUCCCAAUAAUUCCAGUUGGUACUGAGGCUUCAAAAGCACGGCGGGGUAGACGACCUAAGGAAACCAAGGGAAUGCCAUCCAGUAAAAAGGCUUCAAAACGUCCAAAGAAGGUUAAGAUGGAGAGCGAGGACUUGAAUAAUAUCUCGUUUGGCAACUCACAUGAGUGGAAGAAUGAGCAGGAUAUGGGUGUUGGAGGUGACGAUCUAAACAAACGGUUGGUGGUAUCAAAGGCUGAUUGGAAGGGCCAAGACUUGGGGUUAAAUCAGGUUGCAUUUGAUGAGUCAACCAUGCCAUCGCCAGUAUGCUCCUGCACUGGAGUCCUAAGGCAGUGCUACAAAUGGGGAAAUGGAGGAUGGCAAUCUGCAUGUUGCACCACCAAUUUGUCAAUGUAUCCACUACCUGCAGUGCCAAACAAGCGGCAUGCACGUGUAGGUGGACGAAAGAUGAGUGGAAGUGCUUUCAACAAACUUCUUAGCCGACUUGCAGCGGAGGGCAAUGAUCUUUCAAUUCCUGUAGAUCUGAAGGAACAUUGGGCUAAGCAUGGGACAAAUCGCUACAUUACAAUCAAAUAGACUUAAUAUGAUCCAUAAGGUAGAAGAUAAACUAAGGAGAUGACAUAAAACUUCUGGUAUGCCUCCUCAAAUUUCCUUUCAGCAGUGGGCUGAUUAAAUAUAUGAUGGCAGCCUGACAGCCACUGGAAGUCACUUGGUGAGGACACUUAGUAAACUGAUUCACAUGUCCUAGUUAUUAAAAUGUUUCUCAUUUCUGGGUUUUAAGAUAAAGAUUUGCUGUUCUUGUGCCAUUUAUCCUUUUAACUCUUGUUGUAUGUGAAAUAAUUUGCCCAUUGCUCAUGUAUUAGUAGUUUGUAUGAAUGGAAGUGUAACUAGUGAUAAUAUUGGUCAUCUAGUUUUAUUCGAAAA